AGGGUUUCACCCCUCCCCGUUUCUCCAUCGGCCCCCUCUUGACGAAGGGGCUUCCUCCUCCGUCUCUGCAGCAUCGCUUUCGUUCCUUUUGUUUCCCUUAUUUGCCUUCUCAGCGUUGAUCGGGAUCGUUCCACCGACAGCCUUACAGAGAGCGACACGUUGAGGUAUGCAGUCGGAUCCGACGGUCAUUAGCUUGAGGCCUGGCGGCGGCGGCAACCGAGGCAGCAGACUCCCAGCCCCCCGCUUCGAUUCUGCCUCCCUCGGCUCCUCCGAUAUUCCUGUCCUCCGGCCCCACGGCGGCGCCGGUGCAGCUCUUUCGCUCAAGACUUGGGAUGCAAGAUUUGAGAACCGUGAGCGCAUUUGUUACACAAAGGAUCAACUUUUACAAAUCCGUGAGCAUGUUGAAGCUCUUGAAGAUAUUCUGAAAAUCAAGCAGGAGAUCGAGGCUGGUUUGUUCAUUGAAGACCAAACAUGGAGUCACGGUGAUGCAAAUUUGCUGAGUCAAUCACAGAACCGUUAUUAUGAACCCGACAAUCGUGAUUGGCGUGGCCGAUCAGGGCAGUUGCCUUCACUUAGAGAUGAGAAUCCUGACAACAAAGAAUCAAAUAUCUUGAGCUCCAGAUCUCGUGAAACAAACCAAUUGAACAGGCAGGAGCAACCAAGCAGCCAGUUCUCUUCAAAAGUCCAAGUUUCUUCGACUCAGGGAGGGCCUGCUGCUGCUCUUAUUAAGGCUGAAGUACCAUGGUCUGCUCGAAGAGGGAGUCUUACUGAGAAAGAACGGGUCCUGAAAACAGUAAAAGGUAUUUUGAACAAGCUGACACCCGAUAAAUUUGAUCUUCUCAAGGGUCAACUAAUCGAUGCUGGAAUUACAACACCUGAUAUCCUGAAGGGUGUCAUUACACUCAUAUUUGAGAAAGCUGUUCUUGAACCAACUUUCUGCCCCAUGUAUGCUCAACUCUGUUCUGAUCUAAAUGAAAAGCUACCCUCGUUCCCCUCCGAGGAAGCUAAUGGGAGGGAGAUUAGCUUCAAGCGAAUACUGUUGAAUAAUUGUCAGGAAGCAUUUGAAGGUGCUGGCCAACUGAGGGCUGAUAUAAGAAAGCUGACUGAUGAAGACCAAGAAAUGGAACGAAGGGAUAAAGAGAGAAUGGUGAAACUUCGUACUCUUGGUAAUAUUCGCCUUAUUGGUGAGCUUUUGAAGCAGAGGAUGGUCCCUGAAAAAAUUGUCCAUCAUAUCGUUCAGGAGCUACUGGGGCCUGAUAACAAAGCCUGUCCUGCUGAAGAGAAUGUUGAAGCAAUCUGCCAGUUGUUUAACACCAUCGGUAAACAAUUGGAUGAGAGCCCCAAAUCUCGGCGUUUCAAUGAUGCCUAUUUCAAUCGGCUGAAAGAGCUAAUAACGAUUCCACAGCUUGCAUCUCGUCUAAGAUUUAUGGUCCAAGAUGUGCUUGAUUUACGUGCCAAUAACUGGAUCCCUCGUCGUGAGGAGGUAAAGGCCAAGACAAUUACUGAAAUCCAUAGUGAGGCAGAAAAGAAUCUUGGAUUGCGUCCUGGAUCAACUGCAAGCCUGAGAAAUAGUCGCAAUACUGGUGGUUUUCCUGUAAACCGACCUGGAACAGGAGGUAUGAUGCCUGGGAUGCCUGGAGUACGAAAAAUGCCAGGGAUGCCUAAUCCAGAUGGGGACAGUUGGGAAGUUCCACGCAGCAAGUCGAUGCCCAGGGGUGAAGCUAGAAGUGUACAGAAACCUUUGGUGGCAAAGCCAUCCCCCAUAAACCCUAAGUUAUUACCUCAAGGUAGUGGUGGCCUGGUAGCUGGUAUGACCAGUGCCUUGUUGCAGGGCAAUGGUCCACAGGCUCGUUCUUCUAGUCUUGUCACGGGCACAAAAGACUCUCCGUCUCGAAACCUUCCCUUGAGGCCUGGUGGCCGAGCUUUAUCUCCUUUGAUCUCAGAUAAGCCAGUGCCAACUUCGAAGUUUAAUACUAAUGAACUGCAUAAGAAAACAAUUGCGCUUCUGGAAGAAUAUUUUCAUAUCCGCCUCAUAGAUGAAGCACUUCAAUGCAUUGAGGAACUUAAUAGCCCUGAAUACUACCCAGAGGUUGUCAAAGAAGCCGUAAAUCUGGCUCUGGAAAAGGGGCCUUCAUGUAUGGAACCUGUUAUGAGGCUACUGGAGUAUUUAGCGGUCAAUAAGAUUUUUACUUCUAGGGAUCUGGGGACAGGUUGUUUGCUUUAUGCUGCCAUCCUUGACGACAUUGGAAUUGAUCUACCGAGAGCACCUACUUAUUUUGGUGAAAUUACCGGUAAACUGGUUCUUGCUGGUGGCAUAGAUCUCACGGUAGUGGAGCAAAUUCUCAAGAAAGUUGAAGAUCCACUGUUUCGAUCAAUGAUAUUUGAUGCUGUGACGAAAGCUAUUCGAACCAGCCCAAACGGUCAGUCGAUAUUGAGCGGGCAGGCAGCCAUCAUCAGUGCGUGUGAGAAGCUGUUAUCCUGAUUUAGCUGUAGUAGCUGCUAGUUAAAAGUUGCUUGCUGCUUGAAAAAGGUUCCUACUUUUGUUCCCUAUUCCAUUAUCUUCUUUCAUUUGUCUUUCCCUGCCUUAACUAUGAGUACGAUGCAAUUUCUUCAAGAGCAUCUGUGAGGAACCAUAUGAGCUGUAUAUUUCUGCGAGGUAACAUGAAUUUAAUUAUUGAAUCAAGAAGCAUGCCAUGAGAAUUCGGUCAUCA